AUGACAGCAACAGAGACCGGUGGUGAAGAAAAGAAAGCGGUCGAAAGUCAACCCCUUAAGGAUGACGGCCCGCAGACAGUCACAGCCUACGUGGCCUUGCCCCCCGACGGUGGCUGGGGAUGGGUUGUCGUCGCGGCUUCCUUCUUGUGCAACGUCGUCGUCGACGGGGUCGUCUUCUCUUUCGGUGUCUUCCUCAACCCGAUUGCGGACGAGUUCAACGUAUCAAAGUCCAAGGUGACAAUUGCUGGGGCUCUGCUCUCUGGGUUCUACCUCAUAGCAGGGCCUUUUGUAAGCGCCAUCGCCAACAGGUACGGCUUCAGGUUCACUGGGAUCCUUGGAGCGGUGAUCGCCAGUGGCUCCUUCGCUGCUGCCAGCUAUGCGACCAACAUUGAAACUAUGUGGCUCAUUUAUGGCUUCAUUGGGGGUAUUGGCUUUGGAAUGAUUUAUGUACCCGCGGUCAUCACAACGGGCUUCUACUUCGAGAAGUGGCGAGCCUUGGCCACGGGCAUCUCGGUCACUGGCUCUGGAAUCGGAACCAUCAUCAUCGGCCCCAUCUCGACGCUCCUCAUCGAGCACUUCACCUGGCGAGGGGCCAUUCUCAUCCAGGCAGGAAUAGUCCUGAAUUGCGCGGUGUUUGCUAGUCUCUACCGACCUUUGAAACCGAUCCAUAUGUCUGUAAAUAAUAACCAAACAGAAGAAGAAGCAGAGCGCACCGAAGUCCCUCUUCUUCAUAGGAUCAAGAUGGCAAGGGAUCAAUUAAUGAAAACGGAUUCUAUGUUCAGUAUGGACAACGAAGUUGAAAUUAUGGCCCAAGAGCCUUUUGAAACAAGCAAGAAGUUCUUAAAAGCUAACCAUAACAUACUGUAUCCUAGGGCCAUUGAAGCUCUUCACAGCAGCACCAACAGCCUCUCAAAAUCUAACCAGUCCCUUGAUGAAAUUAGGCGUAAACCUAAGAGCGAACAUAGGGUGAAGUAUGACAAUAAUUUAACGAUAACCGUAUUCUCUGGCAAUUUCGAAAAGCACCUACACUUGCCAGCGUAUACCCUCAAGAGGAAAUGUCAGUCGGUGGAAUAUGAUCCACUGAAGGACUUCCAGGGGGAAGACGAGAACUUUAACGAACACCUCCACGACGACGUCUUCUACAUACCGAAGAAGCCUAGGGAGAACCACCAUGACAGGAGGCGUGGCAGUAUAUCCGUCAAGUACAGGCGGAGAGCAGAUUCCGCCGGCAGCUACAAGAGUAUCAAGUCGCGGCGGAACACUAUCUCGAAGGGACCUAACACUGGGGUCCGACCUCUUUACAGAGACGACAUCUUCUUCCAAGCCAGUCUUCAUAGGCUUCCUCAAUACCAUUCACAUGGUAGCAGCCUUGACUACACCAUGUCCGUCACCCGCCUUCCAACAAAGAGGGAUGUUGAGGAAGAAGAAGAAGGGUGCCAACUGUGCCCUGAGGCUGUUCGCCGUACCUUGGCCACCAUGUUGGAUCCUGCUCUGCUUAUGUCACCAUCUUUCAUGAUUUUCUCCCUUGCUGGCUUCUUCACCAUGAUGGGCAUGUUCACUCCUUUCUUGUAUAUUGCAGAUCGAGGAAAAAUUAACGGAAUGGACCCAGCAGUGAUCAUGUUCUUAGCAUCUGCCAUCGGCAUAACGAACACUCUUGGAAGGAUCGUCUGUGGCACUCUUACUAUGGUUCCUCAAAUCAGUAGCCUCAUGCUCAACAAUGUUGCUUUGACAAUCGGUGGUAUUGCUACCAUGGCCAGUGGUUUUUCCUAUAGCACAACUUAUCAGUUCUGUUUUGCUGCCAUUUUUGGUCUUUCUAUAUCUUUUUGGGCUUCAUUGCGUUCCAUCAUCGCAGUAGAGCUGAUUGGACUUGAAAAAUUAACAAAUGCAUUUGGAUUUUUACUUUUGUUCCAAGGUUUAGCAGCAGCUAUUGGUUCUCCGAUUGCUGGAGCUUUUAUGGAUAUGACUGGAAGCUACGAUGCUUCCUUUUAUCUCUCAGGUGCACUGCUCCUUUGUUCUGGAGUGAUGUGUUAUCCUCUUCCUCUCAUUAAGAAGUGGGAAGACAAGAGAGCUCUCAGGAAACUGCACAAUCUUGCUUAA